AUGUUUUUGCUGUUUCAGGUCACGUUUAGUGAUGUGGCUCUAGACUUCUCUCAUGAAGAGUGGGAAUGGCUAGAUUCUGCUCAGAGGGAUUUAUACAAGAAUGUGAUGGUUCAAAAUUAUAAGAAUCUAGCCUCUCUAGCAGGUCUUUCCAUAACUAAGCCACAUGUGAUCUCUUUAUUGGAGGAUGGAAAAGAACCCUGGAUGGUGGAGAAAAAACUAUCAAAAGAUUGGGAAUCAAAAUGGGAUAACAAGGAAGUAUCAACAAAGGAUAUUUAUGAUGAAGAUUCACCCCAAGCUUUAACUUAUAAUAGAGAGAAAAUCUAUCAAUGUAGUGAAUGUGGGAAAAGUUUUGGCAAACAAUCAAUUCUUAAUCGCCACUGGAGAAUUCAUACAGGAGAGAAACCCUAUGAAUGUCAUGAGUGUGGGAAGGCUUUUAGCCACGGUUCAUCUCUUACUCGACAUCAGAUAAGCCACUGUGGAGAGAAACCUUACAAAUGUAUUGAGUGUGGAAAGGCCUUCAUUCAUAGGUCAUCUCUUAUUCACCAUCAGAAAAUUCAUACUGGAGAGAAACCUUAUGAAUGCAGUGAAUGUGGGAAAACUUUUUGCUGCAGUUCACACCUUAUUCGACAUCAGAGAAUUCACACUGUAGAGAAACAAUUUGAAUGUGACAGAUGUCUGAAAGUCUUUAGUAGUCUCUCAUUUCUUACUCAACAUCAGAGUAUUCAUACUGAAGAAAAACACUUUGAAUGUCAGAAAUGUAACAAAUCCUACAGCCAUCCUGAAUCACUGAAUAUGCAUUUGAGAAAUCACAUUAGGUUGAAACCUUAUAAAUGCAGUAUAUGUGGGAAAGCCUUCAGUCACAGGUCAUCCCUGCUUCAACAUCACAGAAUUCAUACUGGAGAGAAACCUUAUGAAUGUAUUAAAUGUGGAAAGACCUUCAGUUGUAGUUCAAACCUUAUGGUACAUCAAAGAAUUCAUACUGGAGAAAAGCCAUAUAAAUGUAAUGAAUGUGGGAAAGCUUUUAGUAAGGGUUCAAAUCUUACUGCCCAUCAAAGAACACAUAUGGAGAGAAAUUCAAUGAACAUGGAAAAAAGAGAGUAG